AUGGCACCCACAAAGCAGACACGCACCCUCCCAAAAUUGACCAUGCCUACCACGCCCCCUGCCGCAACCAUAGCCAAUGGCACAGUCGCCCACCAGCCUUAUUCCUGCAACAUCUUUGCCCAGACUGACACCUACGACUUCGCGUACUCGGCCGGCGUGCCGCCGCAGGAGUGGAGCGGCAGCUGCCCGAGGUUCAUGUGGGAGGUGAGAGAGCAGCGCCAGAUGGAAGGCCCGAGGGAAGAUGCGAAGGGGGAGGGCGGUGGGCGUGCGGGGAGUGUGGUAGAGGUUGGGAGUAUGGGAAUUGGGAUGGAGAAGGGCCCAGAAGUUAUUGUGGAGCUUGUGAGGGUCGCGCGGGGUGUUGGUGAUGAUGAGGAGGGAGUGGAGGGGCUGGGGCUGGGCGAUCCAGGAGAAGGGAAGAAGACGGGCGGGAGCAGACGCGCAGGAAGGUGUGGAAGGGGGUGGUUUUGCGGGUUUGGAAUUUGUGUUGUGUACCGAAAGAUAUCACCACUCCCUCUGCAUCGAUCAUCGAUCGAGAUGGCCCAGAGUCUAACCAGUCCUGCCAUCUACCACCUUACCAGGAGGCGGCUGAGCAGCCACAUCCUGCUCGACGUGCCCUGCAUGGCUGUAUUCCAGUCCAGAAAGGACAACCCAGGUUGGCACAAUGCACAACAAGGUCAUGCCAAAAUUGACCCCAAUACUCGCGAAUCCACUCGCGUUGGGUGCCGUCUGCAUGCUGCAACUCAUCCAGCUCCCGACGACGAUGGUGAUGAUGCAGGUGAAGGCGAUCUUGGCGCGCGUCUUGACGGUGAUCGAUUGGCGGUCCAGAAGGCCGGCGAUCAGGAAGGAGCUGAGCUGAAGAUGCCGGCGAAGUUGGUGAAGAAGGAUGAAAAGGCGUGGGAGCGCACGGUGAAGUACUGGGUCAGAAAGGUGCUGGUGUAG